UCUGUCCAUUCAACCAUUUUGUUGAUUACCAUGUUGAAAAUUCAGAAAUGAAAUAUAGAAAAAGUGAAUCCAAAAAUACUCACACACACAUCAAGCCAAGCCAAUUUCAUCGAGAAAGACCGCCAGCUUUUUUUUUUGUUCCGAAAAAGCAAAAUAUCAACAGUUGCAAACAACUUGCUUGGCAAGGACGUGGGUAGAAAGAUUUCAUUCAUUCAAUCAUUUGACAUUUGUACGAUUGGUUUGUUGGUGUGUGUGUUGGUAUUAUUCGAUCUCUCUCGCGCGCGCGUUUUUUUUUCUUCAACGUUUUUUCUGGUUACUUUUGUGUGUGACAUGGUUAUAUAAGAAAUUAUCAUUGUGUUUUGGGUUAAGAAUUUUGAUUCAAAAAGAAAAAAAAUCAUGAAACUUUUAUCACCAACAACAACUGUUGAUUGUCGACAAAGUUUAAUUGUACCGACAUCUAAAAUGGCUAAAAUUUCUGUUCAAAAAAUGAAUCAAAAUUCUAUUGAUAAUAAUAAUGUUGUUGUUUCUGCUGAUGAUGAUAAUAAUCAUAUUGUAAUCGAAAGAAAAAAAUCAAAAUCAAAAUCAUCCGAAAUAAUUGAAGUAAAUUUCUGCUAUACAGCAUUAAUAUCAAUGUGUUUAGGUUUCUUGUUUAUUUGGUCAUCAGUUAUAUCAUUAAUAUUUAUUGUAAAUAAAAUUGAUGAAACACGUUUUAUGCAAAAACCAUUGGAUAUUUUUAUUGAACAAGAACAAAUUGGUCGUGUUAUGUUUUCGGUUGGUCAAGAGAUGUUAUUCACUGUUGAUUCAUUAGUUUCAAUUCAUCUGAAUCUAUCCGAUCCGCAAGAACUUUCAAAAUCAGUAAAUUUUACCUGGGAUCUUACCGAUGAUGAUAUUGAAGAUGUUAAAGUACAAAUUGAAAAUGAAAAUUCAAUCAACAACAAUGAUAAUGAUCUAGCUAAAAUGAUUGAUUCAAUUGAAACAAAAUUAGAAACAAUUCGUUCAAAUUUAUCAUUAUCAACUGAUCAUCCAUUAACAAUGAUUAAUUCAUAUAAAUUAAUAUUCGAUAUUGCUGAACAAUAUUCAUUGGAGAGGAAAUUUUAUCAAACACCAAUGAUGAAACAUGAUAAUCAAUGGCAUCUAAUCAAAUCAUUUGCACAGAUACAAAAUUCCCCAUAUUCAUUAUUCAUCAAAGGAAUGAAUCGUCGUUUUAUUGAAUUAGCAUAUGGUACUAUUUAUCAUAUUGGACCACAAUUAUUAAAUCGUACGGAUGCCGAAACUGAAGUUGCAAAUUAUUUUUAUUAUUUUUAUAGUAGCCAUGAAUUGAUUGAAAAUGCAUUCGCUUGGGAUUCACGUAUCUAUCAUCAUUAUAUGGAAUUAUUACGUAGUAAACAAUAUCGUUCAUUACAAUCCAUUUCGAAUCAAAAUUAUCGUUUAAAUGGUCGUGAAUAUACUAGAUUUGUAACCGAUGUUGUUGCAUAUUUAUUACGUGCUAAAGAUGUUUUAAAUGUUGGUAUUAAAGAAAUAUUAAUCAAUAUUACUGAUCAUAAUUCAACACAAUUUUAUGCUAUUAUAUCAUGUAUCUAUCUAUUUGUAUUGAUAUUAUGUUCAACAUUUUUUAUAUUAUUCAUACGUAAUGCUAAAAUCAAAGAUGAAUCAUUAGUUACAAUUAAUAAUUGUUGUUUAUCAACAAUGAUUAAUGAUCGAUGUAACAAUUCUAUUGAUUCAGAACAUCUUGUUGAUAAUCAACAACAACAACAAAGCCAACCAAUUUAUCAACAGGUUCCGUUGUGUUUGAAUCAACAACAAAAAUUACCACCAUAUUAUGAAUAUAUCGAUACAAUUAGUGGUCAAAUUGAUUCGUAUCGACAAAUUCAACAAUUAUCACGAUAAAAAAGAAGAAGAAGAAAAAUUAUUUACAACAAAUCUUAAAUACCUAUUUAUUUUUAAAAAUACAUGUAAAAAUGUGUGUGUGUGUGAUAUUCAUCUAUGGCUAUAGCCAUCAAAAGUCAAUUUUUCAUUUUUAUUUUUACAAAUUUUUUUUCAAAAAUAUUUUUUUUUUAAAUCUAUUUUGUAUUAUAUUUACACAAGAAACUAAUUAUUAUCCAAGAAACAAAAAAUAAAUAACUUUUUUUGAAUGCAACA